GCGAGUAGAAAGUGAGACGACGACGUUUUGUUGUGUUGUGCGCGUCGCUUUGUGUCAGUUUUUGUUAAUUAUCUUGUACUUCGUCAGUAGUUAAUUAAUUAGUUAUUUAGCUUACAUGUGUGGCUGCUGUUAGAUAAAAAUGUGCUUUCGUCAUUAUUGCAUACCAGACGCCCAUAAUUAGGGUCUCGCUCUCUACCCUGCUCUCUUAAUUUGUCAAUCAAUUUUUGGAGCAGAAGCAACAGCUGAAAUCAGCCAAAUUUUACUUGCUAUUCGAUUUGUGUAAAUAGCCAACAGUGCAAAUACUGUUACGGCCAAGUAUAUAGCCAGAUAAAGUCUGUUUGUGUCUGUGUAUCUGUGUUUUCUGUGUUUGCGUCACAAUGCGCGCCACAAUUGAUUUUGAGGAAUGCCUUAAGGAUUCGCCAAGAUUCAGACAAUUCGUAUCCAAGGAGGAGUCGGACAUUGAGCACUUGGAGCAUCGUCUCGAGAAGAUUAUAAAGCUCUGCAACGUUGCCGUCGACUCGGGCAAGGAAUAUGUCAAGAAUCAGAGCGCUUUUGCCAUGUCCUUGUGGGAUCUGCAGCAGCAUUUUCUUGAUAAUAAAAAUGCUCACAAUGCGCUGGGUAAACUGAUUCAUUGCUUUCAGGAAAUGAACAAAUUUCAUACGACACUGUUGGAUCAGGCCAAUCGAACAGUGUUAAAGAAUCUCAAUGUUUUCGUCAAAGACGACAUCAACCAGGUCAAGGACUAUAAAGGACACUUUCUAAAGGUCUCCGAGGGUUACGACAAUGCGCUCAUAAAGAACGCUCAGGCUAGCAAAAAUCGACCUCAAGAGGUACAGGAGGCUGCCAAUAUUCUAUCCGCCUCCAAGUCAUGCUUUCAACACACCGCUCUGGACUAUGUCAACUAUAUAACCCUAGUGCAAGCUCGCAAGGUGCCCUCCAUACUAUCUACACUUCUGGAUUAUUAUCAGGCGUGCGUGACCUAUUACCAUCAAGGUUUUGAUUUGUGCAACGACUUUGACGAGUUCUUUAAGAAUAUCAGCGAGGAUUUGAAUGCGCUGCGCGGUGAUUAUCAACAGCUGGAGAAGGUCAUGCAGAAUCGGCACAUGAGCGUGAAUCGUUAUUGCGAUUCGAAUACGAACAGCGCUUCGCACAAUGUCGAGGGGUAUCUGUUCAAGAAGAAGUCAAAGGGGUUCAAGACCUGGUGUAGACGUUGGUUCUACUUGAGUGAUAAUCAAUUGGUCUACAGUGAUUUGGAUUCGAAUUGCAGAAAACGGAGCAACGAGGACUCAUUUUCGGUCAUGGAGGAGGAUCUGCGCAUCUGCACAGUUCGUCCGGUUAACGAAGGCGAUCGUCGUUUCUGCUUUGAAGUCAUCUCACCAACUAAAUCCCACAUACUCCAAGCGGACUCGGCGGAUAUGCUCUCACUAUGGAUCUCUGCGCUGCAGCACAGCAUUGGAGCAGCCAUACAACAUGACUCCACGCAUCAUUCACAACCGCAAUCGACAAACUCACCGAACGCGCUUCCCGCCAAACGACGAAUUCAUUGGGAGGAGUUUCUCAAAAUACCGGGAAAUGCACAUUGCUGCGACUGUCGCGGAUCAGAUCCACGUUGGGCUUCCAUCAAUUUGGGCAUCACGCUGUGCAUUGAAUGCUCCGGAGUUCAUCGCAGUCUGGGCGUGCAUUACAGCAAGGUGCGGUCUCUCACAUUAGAUGCCUGGGAGACGGAGAAUGUCAAGGUGAUGAUGGAGCUGGGCAACGAGGUCGUCAAUCGUAUCUACGAGGCACGCAUUGCCGAGGACUGUGAGCUGAGAAAGCCCACGGAGCAGUGUGAAAUUGGAGUGCGCGAGGCCUGGAUUAAGGCCAAGUAUGUGGAGCGACGAUUUGUGUGCGGCAUGCCCAAACCACAUGAGUUAUUGGCUAGUGAAACCGCCGAGGUGCUUAGCAUAGAUAGCGGCGGCGACUUAACGCAAGAUGGCGUUGAGGGCAGCAGUAGUGCUGGCGUUGGAAUCCUGGGCAAACGUGCAACACUCUCGCUUGGCGGCACACGCAAAUGGACGGUAAAGAAGCUGCGAAGGCGACGCCAACAGCGGUCACUGCCCAAGACACUGAGCGACGAUCCAAGCAUAUAUAAUACGGCCAAAACUGGUGACGAACUGGACGACGAUGAUGAUGAGUCCAUAAACAUUCCCUCGAUGUCUUUGAGUAUAUCGCGUGAUGAUUUACUUGUGAUUGGCGAUGAUCUGGCGCUGGAUAGCUAUGAAACACCCGGCAUUUUGGGCAGUGAUCAGGAGAGUACUGAAGGCGAGUCGGAUACGGAACUGCCGGAGGAAGUGCCCUUUACCCAGCUGGAUGCAAAUCUGUUGCUAUACAAAGCAGCCGUUGUGCACAAUCUUCCCGUAAUGUGCAUGGCCUUUGCUCUGGGUGCCGAAAAGCAUUGGAAGAAUGUACAAGAUCGUCAGCGUUCCUUUUUGCAUCAGGCCGUACUCUCCGGCUCUGUGAUGGCAUGUGAGUAUCUGCUGCUAAAUGGCGCUGCUAUUGAUGCAGUCGAUGAGCUUGGAUAUAGUGCAUUGCACAUAUCCACGGCCAAGGGACACAUUGCCCAGGUGUAUCUACUACUAAAACACAAGGCCGCCUACGAUUUGGCCUCCAGUGAUGGCAAAAAAGCGCUGGAUAUUGCCGUGGAGCAGAAGAAUGCGGAUAUUGUAACGCUUCUACGCUUGACGCGCCUUAACGACGAGAUCGGUCUGAACGAUGAGUACAACGGCGAGGAUGAGACCUACAAGGAUGUGAUGAAGGACUUCUCAAACUUUGCUGCCAGUCAGCCUCGCAUGCUCCGUCAGCGCAACGAUUCAAAUACCCUGGAAUCGCAGCGUAGUUCACUGACCAACUCCGACUAGCAGUGACAUGAGGCCUCGCCGCAAAGCUGACAGCGGUGUCCUCGUUAUAAAAAAUAUUCCAAUGUUUAGCAACGCAUAGUUAUAAUACAUUUAUAUGCUGGCAUUUAAAUAGAAAGCGACCACCUCAGUCGCCAGUUGGCCAACUCCAAGCUGUUUCUUUCGGCAAUCUCAUUUAAAAAAAGGCGCUUUUGAUAUUACAACAAUUGCAUUUGCAUUUGAGUUUGGUAUUGAUUUAAUGUUUUGUUGACGUUUAAUUAAUUAGCUUAGGUAUACAGUUUAGUGCAAGUGUGGCUCUUAAUCCGUAUUUAUAUCAAUGUUUAUUGUUUAAAAAAUGUUUAAAUAUUUAUAAUCGUAUGUACAUGUAAUUGCCUAACACAUAUUGUACAUUCGUGUUAUGUGUAUUAUAAUUAAACGAUAUUAUAAACUGUACGUAUAUAUUACUUAUUAUAACUAUAACUAUAGCUAGCUAUCUUAUACUAAAGAAAUUAACUGUUUCAAAUGUUUCCAAUUUAUAUAUGUUAACGAUAAGUUGAAGUGUCUGUGUGCAUGUUUCUUCCACAAAUGUUCAUGUUUAGUGCCAAAAGUUGUGAGCACUUUAAAACCCAUUUCGAAUAAAGUUGUCAAAUAUUUAAA